UCCGGCUUUUCUAUCACCGGCGGCUUCUCGCGAGCUUGUGAGUGGAAGUCUAUUGAUAUGCAGAAAUCAAGAUCUCCUUUUCCCAAACCAGCGUGUUUGAUUGCAUGUCUAUUUUGAUCAGUGCUUAUACCAAGGUCGUUCACCUCUUUGCUUCAUGUGUCCACAAGGGAUCAUCAAACGCGGUGACAAUUCGGGGUACGUGCGAUAGAUUCUGCAAUCGCUUAUUACUAGACACGAGAGCACGAGAGCAAGCAUUUUGCGUUCCUCCGUCUCACUUACCGCAUGUCGCUUGGCAGGCAACCUAAGCUACUAUGGCGCUGACAAUCUCGAAAGCUGAGCUCAUUGGUGUCUUUUUGGAGUCGUUAGCAUAUGGUGUAUACCUGAUGGUGUUCAACCAGUGCAUGUUUGUGCUAAAGAAGAGACGUUCCCGGCCAAGUGAUUACUUGGUUGGGACUGCAGUUUCGCUGUUCGUUCUCAUCACAGCACACCUUGUUAUCGAUAUCCUGCGCAAUAUGGAGGCUUUCACCUCAGACGAGGCAGAUCCAAAUUAUCCAACCCAAUAUUAUCAGAAAUUCGACACUUGGCAAAACUAUGUCAAGAGUGCUCUAUAUGUCGCUGUCACGCUGGUGUCCGACGCAUUCCUUUUAUACCGCUCCUUCAUUCUAUGGGGUAGAAAUUACUUCAUCGCCACCUUCCCUUUCUUGUUAUUCAUUGCGGACAUUGGUAUCGGGGUUUUCUGGGUAUACACCCUGAGCCUUAUCGUUCCGGGUGAAAAUGUUUUCGCUGAUGCCCUCUCUAUCCGCGUCAAGACAUUCUACUCAAUUACUCUUGUCAUGAAUGUCAUCUGCACAUCGCUGAUUGCCUUCAAGAUUUUGAAGAUCCAAAAAGCAGUUGCACCCUUCACCAAGGGUACCGCGGACCAAAUUUCCCGUUUGUUGCCAAUCAUAGUUGAAUCAGGUUCUGCGUACUCAGCCUUGCUUGUGGUAAUGAUUGGAACAUACACUUCCCAGUCGCCAGCCAUGUUCAUCUUUUUGAAUUCAAUGUCACCAAUCAUCGGCAUUGUGUUUUCUUCCGUGAUCGUCCGUGUCGGUCUUGGUCUCUCUCACGGCGAUUCCCAUCAGGGUGGCACGGUCUCUUCGCGAAAUGUUCAGUGGGUGACGCGUGCGAGUAGCAGACCUGCAAAUACUCCACAGAUUUAUUCUGCGCCAUUCCCCGAGGGUGUUCAAGUGUCGUUGCAGCAGACUAUACACACUCACACCGACGGCUUCCCGGACGACGUCGAGAGUGACACCACAAGCCCACAUUCAGAGUACAAAUCCGGCUCUUUCCAUGCUAUGUAACACCGGAGGAAAUAAUCCAGCGAAAAAAUGUUCGUCUGUUGACCUGAGGCGUAGUGUAUAGAUAGCUUCGAUCCACGGACAUGGUCACAGACAUUGUUGAAUACCAUAGUUGAACAUUGAGCCAGCACCCCCGAUCUUCCGAAGGCACAGGCUUUACGGGGGCUCCUGUAUACAAUAUACCCAUGACACAGUGACACUAAACGAAUGGA